AUGGCAAGUCAUCGCGUCAAAAGAACGAAGCUUGACGACAUCGGCGUCGACCCGCAGACAGUCAUCGUGGAGGAGGAUGGUGACCUGCAUCUGGAUGUGGGCCGCGAGGGGGGCGAGCCCACUACCUACGUCGUCUGUUCCAGGGCCCUUGCUCGCCACUCGCCCGUGUUCAAGGCAAUGCUCUUCGGGGACUUUGCGGAGGCUCGGCCCACAGAAGGAAGCCAAUGGAUAGUUGAGGUAUCAGAGGACAACCGCGAGAUGUUCCCAAUUUUUCUCAACAUCGUUCACGGCUGUUUCAAAGAUGUGCCGACGAAGCUUCAUAUCCAAGAACUGUGCGCGUUGGUCGUCAUCGUUGAAAAGUACGACGCUUUGCCCAUCAUACGACCCUGGGUGAAGGAAUGGAUGGAUCAAGCAGCCGAAUGGUCCGACAUUGGAUAUUCCUCUCACCUGGUGUGUCUUGCUUGGGUUACCGGACAUCGUGCUAUUUUCGAGAACAACGUGCGAAACGUGAUCUACACCUGUUACGGUAGUGAACAGGAGCUGUUUCACGACUUUCAAUUCUUCGACCACGAGGCCUUGCACCCGCCGGGGCUGUUUGAGUAUCUAGCGAAACUCAGAGAAGAUGUCCUCCAGGCUAUCAUGAGACCUUUUCUUGAUCUUUACUAUCAACUCACGGUCGACGAGAGGUCCACAGAGGCUCCGGUUGCUCGAACCUGCGUUCACCCGGAUGAAGCCGAGCAGUUCGACUGCGAGAGCUUAUUGCUAGGUUCCUUAAUGAUCAGCUUUACUCGCAGGGGCCUGGAUAUUACGCAGAAGGAGUUCAAGUACAACGAAGACCUGAAGGGUCUCAAGAAAGAAAUUGACAAUAUGCGAAUUCAGACCGACUGCAGUCACGAUGAAUGCGCGUCUCUUGUUUUGCAAUAUAUAGAUAAAGGUCGUCUGGAAGAGGAACGGUUGAUUACUGAGGCUGUUUUCGUACGACUGGAACAUUUGGAACACCUUCAGAAGCAGGCGAAGAAGACUGGUCUGGACGAACAUAAUCAGGCUGGUAGUGUCAAGCACCGAUAUCUCACACCAGAAGCCUGA